AUGACAUCUGUCAUUAAAGAUAUAAAACCACUUAGUAUCGUAGAAGGUGAAGGAUUUCGUGAAUUUAUGCAUAUAGCUGUGCCAGAAUAUAUUGUCCCGUGUAGAAUGACUGUAACAAGACAAAUUUACCAAAUGGCAAUAGUUGAAAGGGAGAAUUUAAAAAAGGUUUUGAAAUAUAUACCUAAUGUGUGUUUAACUGUUGACUUUUGGACUUUUGUGGCAAAUAAUAGUUACUUGGGUGUAACAUGCCAUUUUUUGGAAAAUUGGAAAUCAAGAAAUAGAAUUUUGGAAACAGUUGAGGUACCGGAAUCGCAUAAUUCGGAAAAUAUUACUAAUAAUAUAAAAUCUGUAAUAAAAAAUUGGCAAAUUGGAAAUAAAGCGUGUGCUAUUGUCAGUGACAAUGCGGCUAAUAUGGUGAAAGCUAUUAAUGACAUAGGUCAGGAUAAUUUAAUUAGAUGUACUGCACAUUCUAUCCAAUUGUCUGUAAAUGCCGGGCUCCAAAAUGAUUUAGUUAAAACAUUAACAAGCAAGUUACGAGCAAUUGUUGGUCAUUUUAAUCGAAGUUCGUCAUCACAACAUGAAUUAGAUAAGGAACAAGAAAGAUGUAUGGAAGAUAAAAGUAAGCUAAUUCAAGACUGUAUAACUAGAUGGAAAUAA